ACGCACGCUCUGAUUGGCUCUCCGGGACUCCCACGAGGGGUCUCAUGCAAAAGAUUUCCGAAAGGCUUUAUUGUUUCUUUGCUUUCGGGAGCUGGGAAUUGUUUGCUAUCUGCUCACUUCUGCAAUCAAAUAACGAGGCGGAAAAAUGGCUGGUGGCAAGGCAGGAAAAGACAGUGGCAAAGCCAAGGCGAAAGCAGUUUCACGCUCCCAGAGGGCUGGGCUGCAGUUCCCAGUGGGUCGUAUCCACAGGCACUUGAAGACUCGUACAACCAGCCAUGGUCGUGUAGGAGCCACAGCAGCUGUGUACAGUGCUGCUAUUCUUGAGUACCUCACCGCUGAAGUACUAGAGUUGGCAGGUAAUGCCUCCAAAGACUUGAAGGUGAAGCGUAUCACUCCCCGUCACUUGCAGCUGGCCAUCCGUGGUGACGAGGAGUUGGACUCCCUUAUCAAGGCAACAAUUGCUGGAGGAGGUGUCAUUCCCCACAUCCACAAAUCCCUCAUUGGGAAGAAGGGCCAGCAGAAGACUGCAUAGAUGUCACCAUGACCAGAAAUUUCGAGGCUUGGGCUUUGUUCGGACCAGGAGUUCACAUUUGUUCUUUUUUUUUUUAUUAAUAUUAUAGCAAAAAAAGGAGUGAUUGUUAGGUUUUGUGUUGUAAUAUUUUCCCAUAACUAGAAAAAAAAAAAUCAGAAAACCCCUUAACGACAAAAAAAACCCUUUGUAUGUUAUUGUAGAACGUUUGACUGGGGAGUUUAUGAUUAUUUCAAAUGGUGACAGAAUUUGUUUGAUUGGGCUAGGACUCUGUAAUGUUUUAUACCGAAAAGAUUGUUAAAACCAUUUUUUAUAUAAAAAAAAAAACUUGUUUUGUGGUUAUUUUCUUGAAGUUACAAUAUUUACUAUAAUACAAGUUUUUAAGGAGUUUUUUGGGAGGAGAGCUAAAUGUGAGAUGGUGCUUUUUUUUCCCUAUUUGAAUUUUUAAUACUUUGAACUGCACAAAGAUAGUGUUGUAUUAAAAGUUUUUUUUUUUCCAAAUCAUUGAAAACCACUUAUCACAACUUUCUGAUACAGUGUUUUGUUUGUUUACAGCAGUUCAAACAUGUCAUAAAUAUAAAUGUGAUCCUCCACUGCUGUGAUCGGGUGACAGUGAUCCUGCAGUCUUUGCUUCACUGUGGAGCCUACUGUCAACUACAUAUCAGUACUACAUAGUUGGUACCCUGAUAUCUGGAGAAAGUGGGCUGAAGAUCUGGCAGAUUGAACCGUAUUAGUGCACUGUUCUUAUAGUUGGGGACAAAAUUAAAUGUCCUGACCAUAAGUCUAUUAAAUCUUUUCAAAUAAGUAUUUUAUAAAAGCUGUGUUCAGGGAAAUGACUUCAUAUUUUAUCUUUGAAUAAAGACCCAUUGCAUGAUG